AUGUUCGAGCAGGAGAGUGGCCAGCUAGUGAUCGACAAGACGAAGAGCUCGACGGCACUGCGUAUGCUGUCCCUCUUCGCCUUCCACGAUCCUAAUAUUUUCUCUCGGUACAAAUUGGUGCACGGCGACAAGGAUCUUUUCCGCCUUGCAUGGCUCAAGACCAAGACUACGUUUCACAUGAUCGCCAACCCGCCAGGAAUUGCUGGCACAGUACGAGGGACAAAAUUCUGCGGCAUGUCGAUGGCCCAAUUCGAUACAAAUGGAGAGGUUUUAUUCCUUCAUCGCAAUGCCCAAAAGUUGAAAGGGGGACUUGGAGCAAAACGCAAACCUGACGAGAAGAUUUGGACGCAUCUGCAGCGCUUCCGCUACCGUGCUGCCUCACCUCACGCGCCAGAAGUUGAGGCCACGUUCGAGGCGUCCAAGCCAACUUUGCCGCCAAAUAAGAAGAUCGACAGCCCACAUGUACCAGUGGGGAACUUGAAUAUGCCGUACAGCCUGCUUCGUCAGAAAUAUUCAGUCCACAUUUUUAAUGGUGCUCCAGAGUUUGACGAGACCCAGUGGUGCUACGGCCAGUCGAUGCUGACGGCACCAAGGUACAAGACUGUUGAGUGGGAAGACACGGCAUUCCCAAACGUGGAAAGAAACUUGUUGCAGUAUGCGAAUGAGGCGGUGGCAUUGCUGCCACAGUCCGCAGUGGAGUACGUCGUGCAAAGUGACCGUGAGGAGGCAAGUUGAAGUGAGUGUCAGCAAAAUCGUGCGUUUUAGUGUAAAAUGUAGCUAUUUAUUGCCGCGGAAACUGUGACAGGCCCCCUUAACAAAGAAUACGCCCUCUGAUUGGCUGGAUUCUAUUAAAACCCAUAUAAUAUAAUUGUGGAUGAAUUCAUUGCA